ACGGGCGCAUCACAAGGGAGACGAAGACGACGGGAAGUAAUCGAGGCAGCUCGAACAGGUUAAACAUACAGAACGGAGCGAGAUCCGUGAGUGCACGCAGAUGCAGUUUGAUGCCAUCCCUACAGUAGAGCGAGGAGGAAGAAGAGGGGAAGCGUAGCACGCCAGGCAGGGAGAGAUCGUCCAGGCAGAAGAAAUCGUGGAAGACCAUGCGGGGGGGGGGAGAGACGGGGGAGCUAGAAGCCCCAUGCUCCCGGGAAAAGCAUUUGGGAAGGGAGAGAGGAAAGUUGCCCGUAGGGCUCGGCGAGAAGCAAUGACGAACUUGGGGGGGGCACUGCCAGGGCGAAUGCGAAUGCUGAGACCAGGGCGGUGGGAGCCUCCACGUCUGAAGAUGGACCUCUCCAGUCGUCGACUCGCAGCGAUGCUGAUGUGUUUUUUUCUGCAGCUGGCCUCUUUGCAGCUCAGUGUGUCCCAAGGCCCCACCACCGGCAUGUCCUCCGCAGAGACAUCGGCCCCCAUGCAGCGUGGCUCAUCCACAUCGGCCAAUUCUCCUGCGAUCACCAUCAAGAGCGGCUUGUGUAGCGAAAAGCACCGGUUAGCUGAGUUCGAGCUCUGCAUGGACCUGGGCGGAGGACGCUUUUUUCAUUGGAACUCUCCAGACGCUGAGAGUGGUUUGAUUCCAAUGGCUUUCAGAGUGCCGCAGUUCUGCGAUUGGAUGGCAGUGGGCUGGUCGCCGGAUGGCUCCAUGAUGGGAGACUGUGUACUUUGGUCAGCCGGCGACGGCGUUGUGUCUAGUCGCUAUAUUGCUUCUCGCAGAGUCGAGGGGAUACUUCCGACGAACAGCUUCGCCGUUCUAGACGCGUCAUUCCAUGCGUCCUCGGUCGGGGGUUCGAUCCUGCGGUUUGCGCGCAAUCUUAGUCGCGGCGAUGGUAGCGUGAAGCUGAGACUUCCAGGCAUCAACAUAGUGAUCUGGGCGCACUCUGAGGCUGGUGUCGCCAACCUGUCGACAUUGACGUACCACGGGGACAACCGUGGGUCCUUCGCCCUGGACUACGGGCAGGGGGCGACCGCGCUCGAGGAGGAGGACGCGCAGCUGGCGCCGGAAACGGCGCCCGCUCUGUCGCCUGCAGCAGCUGGUAGUCAAUUAGCACCCAGCGACGAGGAGUCAGGUGCUCCCGCUUCUGAAGGGGUACCUAUGGAGUCAACGCUCUCCCCGACGACCAUGGCGCGGGAACCGGCGGCCGCUCUGUCGCUUGGGGCAACUGCUGGUAGUGUUCCGCAGCCCAGCGAAUCGGGCACUGCGGGCGCGUCUGCAGGGGUACCUACCGAUAGUACGCUGGCGGAGGGGUCCUUUCAUCCACCAGUACCGGCCGAAGAGAACGCUUCUUCUAUCGCCUCUUCCUCGGUCGAGUCGUCGAUAUCCCCCCUCUCGCUUCCUUCCGAAAUGAUAGGAAAGAAUGACAAGGACCAAGCAGCCAUGACGUCCGAGACCCCCCCAACAAGCCUAGUAGAAGGGAACUCGUCUUUCUUGUUGGGGAACCGCAGCGCGUGCGCUCCACCCUCUCGUGCGUCAACGCUGCCCGCUUUCUCUUGCAUGUCCCAGCUCGGACCCGGUGUGAGGUUCCACUGGGCCAGCGCCUCCGAAACAUCAGCCGCCGCUGUCCCUAAUUCCAGCGAGGUCGUCAGAAUGGCCCUCCAGGUUCAGAAACACGUCUACUGGUUGUCCAUCGGCUGGUCCCCAAACGGUCACAUGUCGGGCGACUGCAUCAUCUACUUCUCCAACAAGAAUGCCACGGAAGCUUACAUGAUCACAGGGAAGAGCGCCAGCGCGCUGCGGCCCUGCAGCACGUUCGACGCGGUGGGCUGGUCCGUCAACACUUCGGAUUCGGAAACGACGUUGACGUUCGGACGCAGGGCGACUGACGGUCAAGUGAAAGUGUUGCCAGCAGGUACCAAUCACAUGAUAUGGGCACAUUCGUCAAGCGCUUCCUUCACAUUUCAUGGGCCUAACGCCGGAAGCUUCGACGUCGACUUCGCCAGCGGCGUGGUCAGGGCUGUGGCCCUCAUCAGUACCCACCUCCUAGUCCCUACGAACCUGUACGUCCUUCACGCAUGGUUGAUGUGGCUGUCCUUUGGCGUCCUCUUCCCCUGUGGGGUCUUCGUUGCUCGCUAUGCGAAGAGGUGGAAUCCCGGGUGGUUCGAUAUGCAUGUGGCGUGCCAGGGGAUCGGCGUGGUCGUCUCGGCCGUCCCGGCAAUCAUCGCCCUCUCGGAGUUCGAUGGGCUGGACGGCCUGCAUGGCAGGCUUGGACUGGCGAUCCUGAUCAUGGUUUGGUGCCAAGCGGUGUUGGCCCUGGCUCGCCCGAGUAAGACUGCGCGGACACGACUUCCCUGGUAUUUCGUACAUUGGCUCUUUGGCACGGGAGCGUUGUUUCUGGGGUUGCUUAACGUGUACCUGGGGUUGGACGUGCUGCCGUCAAAGCUGCCAGCGUUUGGGCGAUCGCCAGCCUGGAAGAUCGCCUUCUCUGUCCAGGUGGCUAUCAUUGUGUUUCUGUACGUGCUUUUAAACGAUUGGCGCUACAUAAGCUCCCAGAGGGCAGGAUUACCACCACCACCAGCACCCUCUCCAGCUUCUCCUCCUCAUCCUACCAUUCCUGUUCACUCUGCCACCUCCCCCUCCGCCUCCUCCUCCUCCUCCUCCUCUUCUACCAAGCCCCAACUCCAGCGGUUGUCAAAUUCUCGAAGGCCAAUGGAACAUCCUUAAUUGCAGUGAAGAAAGCUCCUGAACUUCCGUCCCUUACGGACCAUCUGCCCUCCACAGCAAGCUCAACGUUA